GAGAAGGUUCGAGUGCCUGCUACCCCUUCUAUAACGGCUGUCGUGCAGACUGGCGAUCGGUUGUUGACCAAGAUCCUCGUCGAUGCAUGGAUCCUUCUUUCGACCAAUCCACUGCCCCAGAGAAACAUGUCCAGAGCCACUUAUGACCGCCUUUCCAGCCUCACACUGCACGAUAUGCUGGUUUGUGUCGCUCCCAUGCCGAGAUCGGAUUGGCUGCCGGGCAACGACAAAUUCGACUACUUUGCCUACGUCAGCUUGAACUCGCACGACAACACGAUGCUUGUCGCUGGCGAGCCCGCUGCUGACAAGUCUGGAGCCUUGAACAUGCUCCUGUGGAGUAUAAAAGCAAGAAUCGCCCUGAAGUCAUUCUACGCCACCGAGCUUUCCUUUGGCUCAGAAAGGAACCAACAAUCCUUGUCUGUCCCAGCGCUGCGUCGUGCUCUUGGGUGUGAUGUCAAGACCGACACUCUUCAGCUCCUUUUGCGCGCCAAAUUCCCGUGCGAGAGAGAUGUGCUCGCAGUACGCGUAAACUCCCGGGCAUGUCAAGAAUGCUGUUAUUGCGAUGAAUGCGGCGACUAG